AUGAAACUGCUUCCAUUCCUAGUUCUGAUUUCCAGUCUGCUGGACUAUGGCUGUUCGUCUGCAAGCUGCAAUGUGACAUGCCACAAAGAUGCAAGGUGUGAAGUUCAGGGUGGGACCACAGGCUGCUAUUGCUCCCAAGGAUAUACAGGAAAUGGCAUAACGUUCUGUAACGAUGAUAAUGAAUGUGAAAAUGCUACUCAGCCUUGCGGAGAGCAUGCCAAUUGCACAAACACAGUGGGAAGUUAUUUCUGCAUGUGUGUGCCUGGCUUCAAAUCCAGCAAUGGUCAACAAACUUUUGUACCUAAUGAUGGAACCUCCUGCGUGGAUGUAGAUGAGUGCAGCAACGAAGGAACUGUUGCCUGUGGAGAUCAUGCAAAAUGUGAAAACGUGGAUGGAGGGUUUAACUGCUCCUGUAAGGAAGGUUAUCAACCAUCCACAGGAAAAUUGCAGUUUAAGCCAAAUGAUGGCACUUCCUGCCAAGAAAAUCCAAAGGCCAAGUGUGAGUUAUACAAAGACUGCAUAACUGAACAUAUUAAUAGAACUUUAGCUGGAAUCAGUCAUUUAAAAACACCCCUGGAGAUGCUGCAAGAAAUUAAUAAGAAUACUUUGGGACCACUUUUACCUGUAGAUGUGAUUUCAUAUGUUGAAGUACUCUCUUACUCGUCGCUGAAUACCAUGCAUUACUCUGUUUCUGACAAUGAAGCACUUCAUAACACAACCAUUAACGUUUUUGUUAACACUGUGAACAAUUUUUUACAAAAGGACAAACUUACAGCCUGGGAAGCUCUUCCCAUAGAUCACCAAAGACGGAGCCUGACUAAGCUGCUGCAUACUGCAGAACAAGCGACGCUUCUCAUGUCGCAGAACUUCAAAAAGACAACACAGCUAGAUGCUAACGCAAGUGACAUAGCACUCAAGGUUUUUGCUUUUGAUUCACACCACAUGAAACACAUUCACCCUCACGUAUACAUGGGGGGAGACUACAUAAAGAUCUCUCCAAAGAAGAGACAGGAAUCUCAUCCUAAUGGCACCGUUGCAGUUGUCUUUCUGCGGUAUAGCAAUAUCGGUUCUUUGCUUUCAUCACCUAAAAACCGCUCCUUGAAAGAGACUUCAGAGCAGAGACAGACAGUAAGCUCAUCAGUUAUAGCUGUUGCAAUUAGCUCAAAUCCACCUACGCUCUAUGAGCUCGAGAAAAUAAUAUUUACCUUAAAGUAUGCCAAGACUGCGGAUAAAGAUAUUAAAUGUGCAUUUUGGAACUACUCAGCAGACACAAUGAACGGCAACUGGGCUACAGAAGGCUGUGAGCUGACACAUUCCAACUCUACUCAUAUCUCAUGCAAAUGUAAUCAUCUGACUCAUUUUGCUGUUUUGAUGUCCUCAGGUGGCUCUGUUGAUGUUACAAAUUAUAACAUUCUUACAAGAAUCACUCAGCUAGGAAUAAUUAUUUCGUUGAUUUGCCUCUCCAUGUGCAUUUUUACAUUCUGGUUCUUCAGUGAAAUUCAAAGCACUAGAACGACAAUUCACAAAAACCUCUGCUGCAGCCUUUUCCUGGCGGAACUUAUUUUUCUGAUUGGAAUUAAUAUGAACACUAAUAAGCUCUUCUGUUCAAUCACUGCUGGAUUACUCCAUUAUUUCCUUCUAGCUGCUUUUGCAUGGAUGUGCAUUGAAGGUAUUCACCUCUACCUUAUAGUUGUGGGAGUCAUCUACAACAAGGGUUUCUUGCACAAGAAUUUCUAUGUCUUUGGCUAUGUCAGUCCAGCCGUGGUCGUUGGAAUCUCUGCCGCACUAGGAUACAAGUACUAUGGCACCACAGAAGUAUGUUGGCUCAGCACAAAGAAUAACUUUAUAUGGAGUUUUAUAGGACCAGCAUGUCUAAUAAUUCUUGUUAAUUUGUUGGCUUUUGGAGUGAUUAUUUAUAAAGUAUUUCGACACACUGCAUUGUUAAAGCCAGAAGUUAGUUGUUAUGAAAAUAUAAGAUCCUGUGCCCGAGGUGCUCUUGCUCUCCUGUUCCUCCUUGGGGCUACCUGGAUCUUCGGGGUCCUCCACGUCGUACAGGGAUCUGUGGUUACUGCAUAUCUUUUUACAAUCUUCAACGCUUUCCAGGGGAUGUUCAUCUUCAUAUUUCUUUGCGUGCUGUCUAGGAAGAUUCAGGAAGAGUAUUAUAGGUUGUUCAAAAAUGUUCCUUGCUGUUUCGGCUGCUUGAGAUAAAUGGAAGGAAAACAUGUAUGAGCAUUUCAAUGGAAAAAGGGAGCAACCUGGAUGAUGUUACGGAUAUUACAGAAAAAUAUGGUAUUGUGAAAGUAUAGAAUGACCCAGUG